AUGGCCAGAACAAAGAAUAAGACAACAAAGAAUACGAGGAAGCCAAUUCCAAUAGCUCGUAGGAGGCAGAAGCAUAUCCAAGGCAAAAUCAAUCCAAAAGUCUCAACAGUCGAUAGAGGCGGUUCUCAAGAAGCAGAAUGGGUCUCCGAAGAAAUGGAAUCAUCAGGCAUAUAUAAUGAUGAUACAGAUAAUAAUAUUAAUAAUAACAGUGUUAGGUCUCCUAGCGCCCCUCUAGUGUUUACGAAAAGAAUGAAGAAUGGCCCACUCUUGCCGUCAAAACCCUCAUCGAAGGCUAAAGCAAUAAGCAAAUCAAGCCAGGCUGCAGAAGACGCGUCGUUGAUUAACAAGGCGGCUCUAAAUGAUUUGAAAUUACAAACCAUAAAGAAAAGAAUAUUGACACGCACUGCUCAAAAGCGAUGGGAGGAGCUCUCUCCGGGAUCAUUUGAAGAAAUCAUGAAAUUGCUAUUAUUGUCUGUUGAGCCGUCGUUACGGCUUAUGAAGUCUCAGAAACAGAAAAAAGAGGGAAGAAGAAUCCUCAAUAAACUCAUAAAAGAAUCAAGAGCUGAACUCGACGGCAUAUUGGUACCCAUAGGUUUUAAGGAUCAGAAUUUUAAUUUUGAUUAUCUUGUCAAAAGAGUAUCUUAUUUACAAAAAACAUACUCUCAGAAUUUAGAACAAGUAUCUGAGCUUGAGCGAACUUUGGCCAAAGAAAGAAUAAUUUAUAAGAACAACAAAAACUAUUUGGAGAAACUUCAGAAAACCUAUAGGAGCGAAGAAAAGGCCUUUGCACACACCGAGAAAAAUAUGUUGAGAUCUUUGAAAACAAAUGAUAUUGCAAAUAUGAAUUCAGAUCCAGAAAAUAGCAAAUUUGUUAACGAUUAUGUGACAAAUUCAAGUGAUGGCAUCAAUCUAAAACUAUCUGCUGGUUCCUUAGCUCCAUUGGACUUAUCUACUGAUGUUCAGGAGCUUUUAUCUUCAGUUAUCCCGCCAAGCUUUUCCAAGAGUUUCGGUAACAUUAAAAACUAUGAUCCCAAUGAAGAUGAAGACAUUGCGCCAUUAUUGGCUCAAUUAUCUAAGAAUCUCAAACAAUUAGACCAGAACGUCGUGGCUUUGAAGGAUCUCAGUGGUGUCAUAAACAAGACAGACAGUCUUUUGAAUUAG